AGACUUUCUUGAAGUGUGGGUUGUACUGUUCUGGUGAUUCUGUAGUGGCGAUUAUGUUUUUAUCUUUCUUUCUCUGUUUACUACUUAUGACAGUCUCUGAAAAUGAUGCUGCUGAGAAGAUUCAAACUUUUGUCAUUCCUCACAGUCACAUGGAUGUUGGUUGGGUGUACACAGUGCGGGAGAGUAUGCAUGCGUACGCCAGCAAUAUGUACAGUAGCGUAGUAGAAGAGCUGUCACGAGUCAAAAGCCGCAAAUUCAUCGCGGUUGAACAGGAGUUCUUUCGACUCUGGUGGGCAAAUGUGGCAUCAGAUUGGCACAAGAAACAGGUGAGACAGCUGCUGCAGGAUGGUCGUCUGGAGUUUAUAAUCGGGGGUCAAGUGAUGCAUGAUGAGGCAGUGACAGAUGUAGAUGAUGCCAUUCUGCAACUCACAGAGGGUCAUGGCUUUUUGUAUGAGACUUUUGGUGUUCGGCCACGUUUCUCAUGGCAUGUUGACCCGUUUGGUGCUUCAGCCACCACUCCUAUCCUUUUUGCCCUGGCUGGGUUCGAUGCUCAUCUCAUCUCCCGUAUCGACUACGACCUAAAAGAUGACAUGCAGAAAAAGAAGAAGUUACAGUUUGUGUGGAGAGGUUCUCCUUCCUUAAUGGAAAAACAAGAGAUAUUCACACACACCAUGGACCAGUUCAGCUACUGCACACCUUCUCACCUUCCUUUCUCAAACAGAUCUGGGUUUUACUGGAAUGGUGUUGCCUUGUUUCCUGACCCACCUAAAGAUGGCAUAUACCCCAACAUGAGUCUGCCUGUGACCAAGGAAACCGUGGAACCUUAUGCACAAACCAUGGUGGACAACAUUAAACAGAGGGCCCAGUGGUUUAAAACCAAUCAUGUUCUGUGGCCUUGGGGUUGUGACAAGCAGUUCUACAAUGCUUCUGUGCAAUUCAUAAAUAUGGAUGUUUUGAUGAAGUAUAUUAAUACACAUAGUGACAAGUAUGGAGUGACAGUUGAGUAUGCCACGCUAAAGGAUUAUUUCCAAGCAGUGCACUGGACAAAUCUGUCCUGGGAUGUUAGAGGAAGCAAAGAUUUUCUCCCUUACUCAACAGAACCCUUUCAGGCAUGGACAGGCUUCUAUGCUUCCAGGAAUGUUCUGAAAGGAGUAGCAAGAAGAGCAAGUUCUCUCCUGUAUGCAGCAGAGUCUCUCUUCACCAGAUACCACAUCACAUACCCAGAUGGACCAGUUCAGAGAGAGUGGGCUCUAGACAAACUCAAGGCCCUACGAUGGGCUGUCUCAGAGGUUCAGCAUCAUGACGGCAUCACAGGGACAGAAUCACCCAAAGUGGCUGACAUGUACAUGCAACAUCUCAUACAAGCCAUGAUGGGAGCUAAGGAACUGUUGGCAGCUAUUUUCUUGCUUCCACAGUCCCUAAAAUCUUCUGAUGACAUCCAUCACCCACCCCAAACCAGACCCACCUCAGAGAAUAUGGACUUUGGAAAGGUUCCUGAACAGCAUAUCAUUGUGUACAACCCACUUGCCUGGAACAUUUCAACAUAUAUUAAUGUAUCUGUGCCAUAUGCUAUGGCAGUUGUGCUCGAUGAUGAUGGAAAGGCAGUACCUGCUCAGAUCCAACAAUCUAUGGAGUCCUCCUCUGAAUACGAUCUGUUCUUCAUUGUUGAACUGGGUGGACUUCAGUACAGGAAGUAUGUUGUACAGUUCCCACAAUCCCACUGUGAGACUGCAUCUGCCUGUGAGGCAACCCAUGUGGCCAGAGUAGUGAAAUUUAAGAGGAAGAAUGUGAGCCAGUGGAAGAGGACAGGUAAAACGUUGAUACCAGUGCUGAACGAGUGCUACAAACUGAUGUUUGACCAAGAGACAAACCUUUUGCACAGCAUCACAGAUCGGAUUGAAAAGAGGAGAAUUCGGGUGCAACAGGAUUUCUGGGAAUAUGAGGCCAAUGGAGAUAUUCGUUCUGGGCCAAUCUCAGACAACUAUAUCUUUACUGCCAAUGGAUUGGCUAUUCCUGCCUACAAAUCUGUGGCCAUUGAGAUUGUGCCGGGGAAAAUAGUCUACGAGAUCCGACAGUAUUUCUACAGGGAGGAGAAUGAUAAAAACCACACUUACUCUGUGGUCACCAGAGUGCCUGUUGGGUUUCAAAGUAGACUGCCGUGCCACAGACUGGAGCAGAGCUAUAUAGUGGGCCCCCUAGAUGUGAACAGAGAAACUGUGUUCAGAACCCGCACCAGUCUGCAAAAUAACAGAACACUGUUUACGGACAACAAUGGCUACCAGAUGAUGAAAAGGACACACAAGAAUUUUGUCAAUAACACAGUCGCUCGUAAUUACUACCCAAUGGUGCGAGCAGCCUACAUAGAAGAUGAUUCCAGCAGAGUCAUGUUCCUCAGUGAGAGAGCACAUGGAGUGGCCAGUCUGAACCAGGGUCAACUGGAAGUUAUGCUUCAUAGGCGGCUUUGGAACAACAUGGAGUGGAAUUUGGAUUAUAAUCUGACCCUGAAUGACUCCUCUGUGGUGCAGCCUGUUCUCUGGUUGAUGGUGGGCUCCACUGCUGCAAUAUCAUCCAUUUACCAACAGGAGGCACUAGAGCUGCAGCACAGACCGGUGGUUAUGCCCAUUGACAAACCUCAAAAGCCAUGGAAAAUGGGUGAAGAAUUUAGUGGGCCCUCUAUUCAACCUGUGGUGCUGCCCCAGAACCUCCACCUACAGACCCUCAGCAUACCUGGCUGGAACUACAGUCCCAGUCACACUGAGCACCUACAAAAUCUCAACUCAGGUGAAGAGAGAAAGUCAGAGAUAGACUUUGACCGUAUUCUGUUGAGGAUCACACACCUGUACGAGGAAGGAGAUGACCCAAUCCUGUCAAAACCCAGCACUAUUAACCUGAAGGAAGUAAUGUGGGGCAUAGGGGAAGUGACUGAAGUUCAGGAGCGUUCUCUCACUGGAACAUGGAAUAUAUCAGACCUCCAGAGGUGGAGCUGGAAAACAACUGAAAGUCCUCAAAAAACAGAGGAAACGGAAUCUGUCUGUGGCAUUACAAAAGACUUCAAUGUGACCAUCUCGCCAAAGGAAAUCAGAACAUUCUUUAUUCACUUUAAAUAGAAACCAAAAGCUAUCUAAUGUGAAGAUUCUUUUCUAAGAUUAUUUUGAACUUGUCAAUCAUUUUUUUUAAGUCAUGUACAAUUGGAAUCAUUGAAUCACAUGAAACAUUUCUGGUUUGCUGUAUAUACAUUUCCUGCAUGGUUGUUGGAAUUCUCGCUCAUGUUAUACAUGUUGAUUUUAAAAUUUGCUCUUGCUUUUUCUUAUCAUAAACUUGAAUAAAGAAUUGAUGUAGACUGCAGUGGAUUUUGCUCACCUAGUAACAUUUCUGAAAGACACCUGAAAGGUCAAUGGUAGAUUGUCCAAAUCAAAUCUUUUUCAUUGUUGUACAGUAAAUUAAAUUCAGUUUAUUUAAUUGUUAUUGUCAGUGGUACAUUAAAAACAAAGUUUACAUGUGUGUAUGCUACAAAAAUGUUAUCCUGAGAUUGACCUUACUGCAUGGAACAUACUAUGGUGUAACUGAAUUAUAUGGUAAGCAUUUACCAUAUGAUAAACAUGUCACACCACAGUAUGAAGCUUGUAACGAAGAUGCAUAACUACACAUAAAACAAACACAACAAACUAUUUGUAUCAGAUGAAUUACCUCUUUCUUUGGUAUUCACACAAUCCACACAGAGACUGAUUCUUACUGUAUAGGUUCUAUUAAAGGGUAAUUGUUUUUUUUUUCAAAGAUUUUAAUUAUUAAAUUGAAGCUGUUUAACCCUUAAUUGCAUGGGUAUUUUCCCAAACACUCUUACAUAAUGGGAUCUUUGGCCCGGGACUCCCCAGAUAGUGUAAAAUGUCAAGCCAAUUAGAAUAUAAUAGAAUAAAAUAGAUUUUUUUUAAAUAUAUUUUUUAGUUUUAUUAUUCAUAUAUGAAAAUGAUAAUGCAACAAAUCAGGACAAAACUAGAACAGGAUUCAUUACUUUCACACCAAACUUUAAUGAGAUGCAACUGGCAGUCAAACACAUAUUGAGCUACUCAUAACACAUAAGAUAUACGUAAGUUACAUAUCAGCUACACGUAUAUAUUUUCUCAGGCACUUAUUGAGUCUAAAUAGAUGCACAAUUUCAGAAGUACACCCAAAUGACAAUUCAAAUCAUACUGUUCAUGUGUAUUUGCUAUAGUUUACUUCCAUGUUGUUUCUUCAUCAAAUAGCAAUGUCAAAUGUGAAUAAAGUCAAUCAAUGAAACAACAGUGCCACCUUGAGUAAAUAAUUU